ACACGCAUCAUCGUCAACAUGAACGGCAUUAUCCUUGUCAUUCUCAACAUCAUACGAAAAUUAUCAGAAUUAAUCACACGAUAGACAAAGUGGGGAGAUGCAGGUGGAGACGGAGAUGGAGAUGAAAAUGGAAAUAAAGAUACAGACGAAGACGAACUUGAAGACAACGACGGCGACGGAGACAGAGACAGAGACGGAGGCAAAGACCAAAACGGAGACGGAGACGGAGAUGGAGACGGAGAUGGAGACGGAGACAGAGACAGAGACGGAGACGGAGACGGAGACGGAGACGGAGACAGAGACGGAGACGGAGACGGAGAUGAAGACCGAGACGGAGACGGGGACGGAGACAGGGACGGGAAUAGAGACGGGGACGGGGACAGAGAUAGAGACGAAGACGAAGACUGAGACGAAGACGAAUACAAAAACGCAAACGGACAUUGAGAUGGAAACAAUGAUACAAAUGGGGAGAUAAAAAUGGAACCGCAAGGGAGGAGAUGAAACUCCUUAAAGGGGAUCACGAACACAUGCCACAAGAAUAAGAGGAGGUGAAGUUUCUCGAAGAGAAUCAAGAAUACAUGUCAGA